AUGGCUUCACCGGGGCUUGCUCCGCCACCGUUUUUCCUUCCGACGCCCGGCCGUCCGUCAUUGCCAUGGGAGCAGUGGGAGCAGAUGUUCAACGUGUACUUGCUGGCAUCCGGAGCCGCCGCAUUCAAGCCGGAGCAACGCAAGGCUAUUCUUUUGCAUUGUUUGGGGGCGGAGGGCGAGCGUAUUUAUCAGGCGCUACAUGCAGGCACCAGCGCUGCAGCACCCGCCGCGCCAAGUGCCGCAACACUUGCCGAUGACAAGUCUGUCGCGGCCCCUCCUGACGAAUACGACUCUGCACUCGCCGCAUUACGGCACCAGUUUUCGACGUCGCGCAACGUUAUCAUCGAGCGGCAUCGCUUUCACCGCCGCAGCCAACACAAAGGCGAGUCCGUUCAUGACUUUGUUGCCGCUCUACGGGAGCUAGCGUCACAUUGUUCGUUUGCCUCGCAAGAUGAUGCUCUGCGGGACCAAUUCGUUGCCGGCGUAGCUUCCACUCGCGUACGUGAGCGUUUACUGCUCGAGGGUUCCGCACUUUCAUUCGAGAAUUCUGUUCAAAUUGCACUUCAGUUUGAGCAGGCGGCUGAAGGGCUAAAGGAGCUGUCUGCGUCGGUCGAAGCAAUUUCAUUGCGGCAGCGUCGAAAACCAUCGUCGCAUUCUUCGAAAAAAAGGAAUUCACAACCGGCAGCCACCUUAGAGCAGAAUUUAACGAGGAGCGUGGGCGGCUCACGUGCGUCGCCGCGGAACCACCCCCCUCAGCGGAACCAAGAACAGAGUAGCCGCUCCAGCUCGCCAUAUUGUUUCGGAUGCGGCUCGCAGGACCACAUCGCGUCAGCGCCGCAGUGCCCAGCGCAUGCGGCAUUUCAGAAGAUGAUGGCGAAAAUCCUUGACCGCUGCCCUGCCGUGUUGUUCUACAUUGAUGAUGUCAUCAUUUUUGGCAAGACCGCAAACGAACACCUUUCAAACUUGAAGACCGUGCUGCAAAAGAUCAAGAACGCAGCACCUAGCUCGGAGGCAGAGAUUGCUAAGGAGGAAGAAAUUGUCUUGUUCAUUGAGCCUGUCUGCGUGACUAAGGAGAAGUUCAGGUAG